UAGACCUGUGUUUUCCAUUGCACCUCCGGGUUGCGGCUUUGGUUUGGUGUAGUAUAGAUAACUGGUUGGAGUUAAAGUAAAAUCGUGUUCAGAUUAAGUACCUCAGAGUUAGAAAUAAGAUUGGGUGCAGGUUAAGGGGAAGGGAAACAAAUAUCGACACAGCACCAGCCUCUCAGCUUCCGCCGCACUCACAACAUCCAGCAUGUCUGCCGCCGUAAGUUCCCUCGUUUCCUACGGUAGCAACUCAGAUUCAGACGAUGAAUCGGAUACUAAGACUGAUGCAAAGAAAGUGGACCCGAACGAUCCGGACGCCACGGCUCACCUUAAACCUUUGCAGCAAGGACAUAAGAUGUCUGUGGCUUUGCUCAAUUCUGCCCCGGAGGUCGCCGUUAAGGAGUCUGUUGAGACCGGCGUACAUCUGGACCCUUCAUUGAAAGAAGUCACCUAUAACCCAACAUUUGAAACCAUGUUUGCCCCAGAGUUUGGUCCUCAUAACCCAUUUAAAACGCAGCAGAUGGCUGCCCCAAGGAACAUGUUAUCUGGCUACGCAGAACCUGCUCACGUCAAUGACUUUAUGUUUGAACAGCAAAGGAGGACCUUCUCAACCUAUGGUUAUGCUUUAGAUCCAUCUGUUGACACACACACAGUAACCACUACUGGCUACAUUGGUGCAGUGGAAGAGGCUGAGAAAAAUAAAGGACUAACUGUGUUUGAGAGCGGACAUAAGAAGUCAGAGAAAAGGAAAAAGAUCAAAGGCGGGGAGGCAGGAGAGAUUGACAACUUCCUUGGGCCGUGGGCGAAAUAUAUGGAUGAGAAAGAUGUGGCCAAACCAUCAGAGGACGAGCAGAAGGAGCUGGAUGAGAUCACAGCCAAAAGGCAGAAGAAGGGAAGGAAUGAAGAAGAAGCUCCAGCAGAAGAGAAGACGAUUCUCCAUGUUAAAGACAUGUAUGAUUACCAGGGCAGGUCAUACCUCCACGUCCCUCAGGAUGUGGGUAUCAACCUGCGUUCUGCAGAAGCUCCAGACAAGUGUUACCUGCCUAAGAAACAGAUUCAUGUUUGGUCAGGACAUACCAAGGGUGUCAGUGCUAUUCGACUGUUUCCAAGCUCUGGUCAUCUCCUGCUCUCCAGCUCCAUGGACUGUAAGAUCAAGCUGUGGGAAGUGUACGGCGAGAGGAGGUGUAUACGGACAUUUAUUGGUCACAGCAAGGCAGUGCGAGACAUUUGCUUCAACAACACCGGAACCCAGUUCCUCAGCGCUGCCUAUGACCGCUACCUUAAACUGUGGGACACUGAGACAGGCCAAUGCAUCUCCCGCUUCACCAACAGGAAGGUACCAUACUGUGUCAAGUUCAACCCAGACGAGGAAAAACAGAACCUUUUUGUGGCCGGCAUGUCAGAUAAAAAGAUUGUUCAGUGGGACAGCAGGACGGGCGAGGUGGUUCAGGAGUACGACCGUCACCUGGGAGCCGUCAACACCAUCACAUUUGUUGAUGAGAAUCGUCGGUUUGUCAGCACAUCAGACGACAAGAGUCUUAGAGUUUGGGAGUGGGACAUCCCUGUGGACUUCAAGUACAUCGCUGAGCCCAGUAUGCACUCAAUGCCAGCUGUGACUCUUUCUCCCAAUGGUAAGUGGCUUGCAUGUCAGUCCAUGGACAACCAGAUUCUGAUCUUUGGAGCCCAAAACCGCUUCAGACUGAAUAAGAAGAAGGUAUUCAAGGGCCACAUGGUGGCUGGCUAUGCCUGCCAAGUGGACUUCUCUCCAGACAUGAGUUAUGUGGUGUCAGGAGAUGCAGAUGGAAAGCUGAACAUUUGGGACUGGAAGACCACAAAGCUUUACCACAGGAUCAAGGCUCAUGACAAGGUGUGCAUCAGUGCCCUGUGGCAUCCGCAUGAAACCUCUAAGGUCAUCACCUGUGGCUGGGACGGACAAAUCAAACUCUGGGAUUAGAAGUGUUCCUAUGUGUGUGUUUAAGUAGGUGAGUUUUGGAGGGACACAACUCGUUGACUAAAGAGAGGGAUAAAUGUACGGAUGUCCCAUGGAUUUUGUUAAAUUUUUUGAAAGAGAGCCACAAGACUGGUAUCCAGUCUUAUUGUAGCUGUGUAUUUUUGUAUCCUGUCGUGAGAGCUCAAACAUGCAUCAUGUAAUAUCUGUACAAAGAUGAACACAUGCAUACUAAGUUCUUUCUACUACAAAAGGUGGAUUAGAGGGGUACCUUGCCAUUUUCUAAACAAGUGUUUUUAUGUUUUAAUUUGCAAUGUCCUGUGUCUCCAUUUUUAAUUGUAUGACCAGCCCUUAGUGGAAAUAAACAUUCUGUAAGUUUUA